CCUCCGUCCAAGACAGAAAGAACGAGGUAAAGGAACCAAGGUCGAAUAAUCAAGGGAUCUUCAGGCCAACCACACCAGAGCAUCCUGACCGAAUUGUGUAGGGAGAGGAAAAAGGAAAGGAAGAGGUAAGCAGAGAAACGGAAACAAAAAAGAACCCUAAUAUAUAUGCAGGGGUAUCUCCCAACCGAGUUCACGCCGUGUCGCGCCACUGCCUGAUGCAAAUACCCUUGCUGUAUGCAUGCCCCAUGCCGCCGCCAAAUGUUUGUUCCGUUUUCCUUCUCGUGUUCCGACCAAGUCAGUCAAAAAACAGAGAAGUUAUCAAAAACCGAGGAAAAAGGGACAAGGAAAAGUGGUCAUCGAUGUUCGCGCCGUCUUGGGUCGUAUUUGAAGCCGUGCCCAUUCCAGAAGUCCCUGAGCAGACGAGCCCAGUCUUCGAAUGCCGUCAUUAUCAUCAUCAUCACCGUCGUUGUCGAUUCGUUUGUGUUGUUGUUGCGAAAUGCGUUCCGUCUCUUGCCGCGGGAAGGUAGCAGCCCGGGCGUCGGUAUUAGCCGUUGUGCCGAGUCAACGUCUCAUCUUGCGUCGUCCGUGAAGAGUCAGGACAAGUGGGGUUCGGAAGCAAGAGCAGCCAAGGGUGCCGAUCGACUCAUUGCUUCGGAUUAGAACGUGUUCGGUUUUGUCGUCUGAGACCGAGGGCCGAGAACAAAUCGAUAUGUGCCGAAAGGAGUGUUGAGAGGAACACAUUGAUCGAAGCUCCCAAGGCCACAAGCGAGUAUGGUGUUCUUGAACCAAGAAUGGGUGU